AUGCCUCACUUCUCCAGAGCGGCUGCACGCGCUCUCGCGGCAGCUGCCAGUGCCUCCUCUCUCGCCGACGUCUGCACUGUCGAGAACGUCCAGAACGCCCUUCCGGCGAACGGCACCCUUCUCGGAAUUGACCUCCUGCCUUCCACCGUCACCGCUGCGGCGGUCUACAACGCCACCACCGGAGGCGGCGGCAUGGGCGGCGGCGCAAGCACCGGUAGCUCCCAAACCUACACCUACUGCAACGUCACGGUUCACUACACCCACACCGGCCACGGCGACACUGUUGUUCUCAAGUACGCCUUCCCUAGCCCGUCCGACUUCAAGAACCGCUUCUACGUCGGCGGAGGAGGUGGCUACUCGCUCUCCAGCGAUGCUACCGGCGGUCUUACGUACGGAGCUGCCAGCGGUGCUACCGAUGCCGGCUACGAUGCUUUCAACAACGAUUACAUGUCCCAGGUCCUGCAUGGCAACGGCUCCAUCAACUGGGACGCGACCCACAUGUUCGGGUACCAGGCCCUUGGUGAGAUGACCCAGGUCGGCAAGGAAGUCGUCAAGGGUUUCUACAGCUUGGCCACCGACCAGAAGAUCUACACCUACUUCGAGGGCUGCUCGGACGGUGGUCGCGAGGGUAUGAGCCAGGUUCAGAGAUGGGGCGAGGAGUACGAUGGUGUUGUUGCCGGUGCCCCUGCUUUCCGCUUCGCUCAGCAGCAGGUCCACCACGUCUUCUCCUCCGCAGUUGAGCACACCCAGGAUUACUACCCUCCUCCUUGCGAGUUGGCGAAGAUUGUCAACUCUACCAUCGCUGCCUGCGACUCUCUCGACGGAAGAACCGAUGGUGUCAUCUCCAGAACCGAUCUCUGCAAGCUUCAGUUCGAUGUGAAGACCGUCGUUGGCGAGUCUUACUACUGUGCCGAGAAGAACAGCACUUCGCUCGGCUUCGGCUUCAACAAGCGCGGUCUCGGCAGGAGGCAGGCUGCUGGAAGCACCACCAGCUACCAGCCCGCUCAGAACGGCACCGUCACCGAGCAAGGUGUUGCGGUUGCUCAGGCUAUUUGGGAGGGUCUCUUCAACUCCCAGGGUGAGCGUGCCUACCUUUCCUGGCAAAUAGGUUCCGAGCUUGGAGACGCUGCCACCACUUACAACUCCGAGUCCGGCAAGUGGGAGCUCAGCAUUCCCUCCACCGGCGGCGAGUAUGUCACCAAGUUCGUCCAGCUCCUCGACCUCGACAACCUCUCCGACCUGAACAACGUCACCUACGACACCCUGGUCGACUGGAUGCAGACCGGCAUGGUCCGCUACUACGACAGCCUCCAGACCACUAUCCCCGACCUUACGCCCUUCCAGUCUUCCGGUGGCAAGCUCCUCCACUACCACGGCGAGUCCGACUCCUCGAUCCCGGCUGCCUCCUCCGUCCACUACUGGCAGUCUGUCCGCUCCAUCAUGUACCCCAACAUGACCGACGACCAGGCCCAGGAGGCUCUCCAGGACUGGUACCAGUUCUACCUUGUUCCUGGCGCCGGUCACUGCGGCAGCAACAGCCUUCAGCCCGGCCCCUACCCCCAGAACAACAUGAACAUCAUGAUUGACUGGGUCGAGAACGGCAACAAGCCCAGCCGUCUUAACGCGACCGUCACUUCCUCUACCAACGUCAACGCUGGCGAGACCCAGAUGCUCUGCCAGUGGCCUUCUCGUCCUCUCUGGAGCGGCAACAGCUCCAACUUCGACUGUGUCAGCGACGAGAAGUCGAUUGACAGCUGGACUUACACCUUCCCGGCCUUCAAGCUUCCCGUCUACUAA